AUGGCAUCUCCACGCCAGUUUGGCUGGCUCGCAAAGCCGUUGCCAUUUACAACUCCUCGACUGAGUCCAGCCAAGAAAGGCCGGUUGGUGACAUACGAUAUCACUUCCGAUAUGCAGUGCCCGCUAUUCGACCGGCUGCGGUGGUGCUUUGAGCUAGACUUUAUGUGUGGAUACCAAUCUACAUGGGGCAUUCAAGAUCAGAACAGGGAUGGAGAACAGUUCUGCCAGGAGGACGAAGAUGCAAGACGCUAA